UUUUCCGAUGGCAUUUUCAUUUGAUGGAUGACGAUGACGAUGAUCUCAUAUCUUUAAUGAUUUUUCAUUUUUAUAGAAUUUCCUUUUUCUUCCUUUUGAUUUUGAUUUGUGGAUGGUGAUGUGGGGCCUCCCAUGGAUGCAUGAUGCAACGGCUUGUUUAUUUUCUAGUAUGAAGUUCUUUAGUUGCAAGCCGAAAAUUUUAUAAGGGGAAAGAUUUUCAUGUGAAUUUUCAUGUGAAUUUUACAUGUAGUAUACUUUUCCAAAUAAUCAAUUACGGGAUUUUAUCAAGUUUAGGUUCCAUUUAUUUCUAAAAAAAUGUGAUAUUUCUGAAAGUAUUUUUCAGGAAAUCAUUUUUAGUAAAAUGAAAAUAUUUUUGGAUGUUAAAUCGAAACUUGAAAAUUAUACAGAAAAUAUUUUCCGUCAUUUAAUAUGGAAAAUCUGAUUUGAUUUUCCUAAAUAGACAUAUACUAUUCAAGUCUUAGAUAGUGGAAACCCCAAUACAGGUACUAGAGGCUCAAGUCUGGCCACGAUGGACCUUGACCAGGGCAUUGGGGAUUUGAGCUCGGGUAUCAAGAUCUCUCACUCAGCCUUUGUGGACCCUAGCCUGAGUGUUGAAGCGUCAGGCUAGGUCUCGAUGGACCUGGGUGUGAGCAUCUGUGGCCCAAGCUUUGCCUCGAUGGACUUGAGUGAAGGUGUCGAGAUCUAGGUAGGGGCACCAGAUCCAAGUACAAGCACCAGUAUCAUGAGCCUAGCGUCGAUGGACACGGGCCGGUUCUAGAGACCUGGUGGGAUGCUAGGGACCUAGGAACCAGUUGGAGUUUCCAUGUCCAAGCGUUUUUUAAGCAAGGACUUUUUCCAAGACAUAGCUUUGUGCUUUCGCCUAAACAAGCACGCUUAACAUCAGACUCUCAUGUAAUCCAAACCGUCAUAUAAAAAAGAUGGUGAAGGAAGGGGCCAAUUCAGGGACUGCAACAGAUGCCAUCUACGAUGUGUUCUUGAGUUUUCGAGGAUCAGACACUCGCAACGGAUUCACGGAUUUCCUUUAUGUGUGCAUGACCAAGGCAGGAAUCCGCACUUUUAGGGACGAUGAAGAGUUAGAGCCGGGCAAAAAUAUCUCGGAGAUCUUGCAAGAAAUAAAAAAUUCCCAUAUAUACAUUCCUAUUUUAUCUGAACACUACGCCGAGAGUGAAUGGUGUUUGCGAGAGCUGACACUGAUGGUGCAACAGAUGGUGCAGUGCAAUUGCCAAUCCAUGAAGAAAGAGAUAGUGCCCAUCUUUUAUGACGUGGAUCCCUCGGAUGUUCGGCUUGAAACGGAGCUGUACAAAAGUGCCCUAAGGAAGCUUGAGCUUGAGUUGGGCCUUGGCUCCCAUGAAAUCAUGGAGCUUUGGAAGGGUGCUUUGGUCAGUGUGGCACAAAUCAAGGGGUGGCACAUAAAAGAUAAAAGGCAAGGCAAGGCAGCUGAAGAUAUCACUCAAAACAUUUUACAGAAGAUCACAAGAAGAAAAAGAGAUUUACCUGCUAAUCUAGUUGGAAUUGAUGAUUGUAGAAGAAAAAGAGAUUUACCUGCUAAUCUAGUUGGAAUUGAUGAUUGUAGAGAAGACAUAAAAACACGGUUACACUGUUGUGACAUUAGUGAUGUACGAUUUGUCAUAAUCCAUGGGAUCAAUGGCAUUGGAAAGACAACACUUGCCAAAGCAGUCUUCAACGAAAUCUCUCAUCUAUUUGAAGGUUGCUGCUUCCUUUCAGACAUCCGAGAAUCAUCUCUAUUCGGUGGCAUUGUGAAAAUGCAAAGAAAAUUUUUAAAGGAUCUUUUCGAUUACCCACUUCCUGAGACCUCUGACUUUGAGGAAGGGAACAAUGUGAUCAAAAAGAUUUUACCUUGCAAGCAAGUCUUACUUGUUUUCGAUGACCUAGAUGGAAAUGACCAGUUUAUGCAACUACUAAAACUGUGUACUUCAUGUCGCCCUGGCAGUAGGAUCAUCAUUACAACCAGAGAUAAGAGUGCUUUUCCUAAGACCAAUGGGGAAGAAUUGGAGGAAAAUAUCUUGAUCGGUUCUACAAAAAUUUUUCUGUACAAAAUGAGGGAAAUGCAUUUUGAUGAUGCUCUUCUACUUUUCAACAAGCUUGUUUUCGACACAAAUGUGGCUCCAUGUGAUGAUCUCUCAAGGGAUGCUGUUGCACUUGCUGGAGGACUUCCAUUGGCUGUAGAGGAAAUAAGUUCACUUCUUUGUACCAAAAGGGAAGAAAUGAGGAAAACCACACUCAAGAAGUUGAAGGAAGUGCCUCCCGAAAAAGUCCACCAGAGUUUAAAGAUUAGUUAUGACGCUCUUGGAUAUGAGGGGCGACAAAUUUUUCUUGACAUUGCAUGUUUCUUUGUUAACAAGAAAAUAACUAAUGCAAUGUAUAUGUGGGAUACUUGUGACCUUUAUCCGGCGUACGAAAUUGACAUCCUUAUAAAUAAGUCCUUGAUCACAGAUGUUGGUCAUGAUAGAGUCAGUAUGCAAGAUCCGCUAAGAGAUUGUGGGAGGGAAAUUGUUCGUCAAGAGCAUGUUGAAAAUUACGGAGAUCGAAGCAGAUUGUGGUCUCCUGAAAAGGCCUUGGAUAUGGUACUAGCUAAAAAGGGAACAAAUAAUGUGAAAGCACUCAAACUACAGAGAUCGAGACACAAUUUUACUCGCGAGCAUUUUGCGAAUCUCGUGAAUGUGAGGUUUCUUGAAUUGGAUGGAGGGAACUUUGUUGGCAACUUCGAGGAUAUUUUUCCAGAGCUAAGAUGGCUUUGUUGGCGAAAUUGUCCCCCAAAACUUCAAGCAAACAACUUUAUUCUGGAUUGCCUAGUUGUUCUCAAGCUUUCAGGCGAUUUCACUGCAGAAUAUUGGAGCGGAUGGGUCAAAAUCAUGGUGGCAAGUAAUCUGAAAGUUUUGAAGCUUGCAGGAUCUAAAUCCUUAAUCAAAACACCUCGCCUCCCUAAACUUGUGAGUUUGGAGAGAUUGGUUCUGAAAGAUUUCCUAAGCUUGGCUGAAAUUGAUUGCUCGAUUAAUCAGCUAGAGGGGCUAACUCACUUGAAAAUCAAGUGGUGUCCAAGUCUGAAAGAGUUACCCCAGGAAAUUGGUUCCCUAACUAAGCUGAGAGAGCUCAUCUUAAUCCAUGGUUUUAGUGUUCAUUAUUUGCCAUACUCAAUCAGUAAUUUAAGACUUUUGUCAAGGCUAGUAAUGGAGGAUACAGGAGUAGUCGAACUCCCAGACACAAUCAAAGGGCUAGUAAAUCUUCAGUACUUGUGUUUGGCGUAUUGUUCGAGUCUAAAUUCGCUGUCGGAUGCUGUUGGAGAGUUAAAGUCAUUGACUGAGUUGGAUCUAUCUGGGACAAGUAUCGAGGAAUUACCUCGGUCACUUUGCAACCUCAAAGAUCUGAAAUUACGGAUAAAGAAGAGUUUGAUAAAAGCGCGGCGGAUGGGGGAUUUGCUUCGCUUGGAAGAUAUUGAGGAUUGCUGGUCCUCUGAAAGAAGACUAGAAUCAGAUGGCAUACUGAGCGUAGAUCUUCCGGUACUUCCAGAACUUCCAAAUUAUACAGUUGUUUAGGAGUUGAGAAACUCCUCGCGUGGAAGCUAUCUAUUCUUCGAAGGUACCUACAUGCGCUCGUUCCAUUUGUGCCGCUGGGAUCGGAGGAGGUCAUCACAAGGUCUUUGGAUACAGAUUUCAAUAACUUGCCUGAUUGUGAGGGGACAUCCCUUUUAAUUCUGAAAGUUGCUCUCCAUAUGUAUCAUGGAGACCCCACCCCCUCUUAUGUAUCCCCGUUGAUGCUUUUUUUUUAUUUUUGUUAACGUGCAAGUUAGCACCUUUAUAUAUUGCACAACCAUUGUAAUAUUUGGGUGGACUAGUCCUGAUUAGACGCCUAACGAGUCAUCAUAAAA